AUGGUGCUGCAGGGCGGCCGGGGAGGUGCCAGGCGCCUGCCACCGCUCGCGCAGCUGGGGUCGCCGUCGCGGAGUCUGCGCCUCUGGCUGCUGCUGGUGCUGCUGCUGGCCGCGCUGGGGCACGCGUGGACCUACCGCGAGGAGCCUGAGGAGAGCGACAGGGAGGUUUGUUCCGAGAGCAAAGUCGCCACCACCAAGUACCCGUGCCUGAAGCCCGGCGGGGAGCUCACCACCUGCUUCAGGAAAAAGUGCUGCAAAGGUUAUAAGUUUGUUCUUGGACAAUGCAUCCCCGAAGACUAUGAUGUCUGUGCAGAGGCGCCUUGUGAACAGCAGUGCACAGACAACUUUGGACGCGUCUUGUGCACGUGCUAUCCUGGUUACCGGUAUGACCGUGACAGACACAGGAACAGAGAGAAACCCUAUUGCUUAGAUAUUGAUGAGUGCACCACAAGCAGCGAACCUCUCUGCCCCCACACCUGCGUCAACACCCUCGGCAGCUAUCGAUGUGAGUGUCACGAAGGCUACAUCCGUGAAGACGAUGGGAAGACGUGCACCAAAGGAGACAAAGCAGGGUUUUCUGAGAAGACUGAUAAUGUGGUGAAACCGGGGGCAUGCUGUGCCUCUUGCAAAGAGUUCUAUCAAAUCAAACAGACGGUGUUGCAGCUGAAACAAAAGGUGUCUUUGUUACCAAAUAAUGCUGCUGACGUUAGCAAACCAAUCACGGGGGAAAAAGUCCUAGCAUCCAAUUCCUAUAUACCAGGUCCUCCUGGACAACCAGGUGAUCGGGGUCCUCCAGGUGCCGCGGGUCCAAAAGGGAGUCCUGGGUUUCCUGGAUCACCAGGUCCUCCGGGUUUGCCUGGCCCUAGAGGAGCAAUGGGGCCUAUGGGUCCAUCUCCAGACUUGUCCCAUAUUAAGCAGGGCAGGAGAGGCGCUGUGGGUCCUCCGGGGGCACCGGGAAGAGAUGGAUCAAAGGGGGAAAGAGGCGCACCAGGAGAAAAAGGACCACCUGGGCCACCAGGUUCUUUUGACUUCCUGUUGCUGAUGAUGGCAGACAUCAGGAAUGACAUCGCUGAGCUGCAAGAGAGGGUGUUUGGGCACAGGACUCAUUCCUCGGCAGAAGAGUUUCCAUUACCUCAGGAAUUUACGAACUAUCAGGAUCUGGUGGAUCUGGGAUCCGGAGAAGACUACAAACAAAGGACUACAUCAACAGACUCCAGUUCACAGAGAGAAGGCAAUCAGUAAAAAGAGCUUGUGCCUUGGAAAAGGUACAAAAUGGUAGGGUAGUGAUCCACAAGUCACUUAAACCAACAUGCUUGCGCAUAUCCCAGCUUACCCCUGUGGAAAUCAGUAGCAAAUAGAACAAUGUAUUCAUUUAAGUGCAAUUGCCACAUUCCCUUUCCUGAGUGUUACAAACAGGACAAA